GCCUCGCGCCAUCCAUAAUCUUAUUUUCAUGCCUGUUGUUGUGGUUCAGUGGCUAGCUGGUUCGUUACGUAGUUCCUUUAAAAGCAGCCGUGCUUCAUGAAACUCCACUCCUAGCUGAAACUCAAAGUUCAACCACCUUCCACUAAGUGACUAACCACCACGCAAAGCAGCAGCCUCCUCCGGCCAAGCGCCUCAGUUCAGUUCAGCUGAGUCCUCCGCCGUCUGUGCAGUGUGCACCAUGUGCAGUCCGGGCGCCCGCGGGCCUUGGAGCGACGGCGAGACGUGGGCUCUGAUCGAGGCGUGGGGUCCGAUGUACCUCGGCCGUAACGGAGGCUCCCUCCGCGUCGCGGAGUGGCGUCAGGUGUGCAGCGCCGUCAACGCCCACCGCGCCGCCGCCGGGCGCCGCUUCAACCGUAGCCUCGUCCAGUGCCAGAAGCGCGUCUACACCCUCAAGGACCAGUUCAAGAAGGAGCUCGCCAAGCAUGGGCCGUCGGAGUGGCGCCACUUUGCCCAGCUCUGGUCCUUUCUUGCCGGCCCCGACGACGGCCCGCCUCCCGGCUUCGCCGCCAAAAUGCCCCAGGUGUCCGCCGUCAAGGAGGAGCCGGUGGAAAUGGAGGAGGAAGAGGCGAGUGGCGGCGGUGCGAGCAUGUCGGUUGGGAGGAGGACGGUCCCGGACAUCCUUGAUCGAUCGGGCGACCCACCGCCCGGCUUCCCGGUCAAGAUGCCGGCGACUGCGAAGAAGGAGGUGAAAGAGGAGGUGAAAGAGGAUGAGGUUGGGGAAGGAGAGGGGUCAGCGAAUGGGGCUGCGAGCGCGGGGUUCUGCCCGGCGAAGGUGGUGACGAAGCUGGCGGAGGUGGUGACGAAACUGGCGGACAUGUACGAGCGCGUGGAGAUGGAGAGGCUCAACAUCGAGAAGGGGAAGAUGGAGAUGGAGUGGGAGGAGAGAGCUGCGAAGGUGGAGGCCGAGAAUCUGGGAGAGACCCACGACAACUAACCAACCAACUCAUGGCGAACUGGCGACGAGAUUUAAUCUACCGAGACGAUGGGAGAACAGAAAUCGUUUUGAUCUAUGAAGGGCAGCGCUAGUUGCUUGCGUUUAGUUUUACUGCUAGCUAGAGUAGUGUUGAAUCUUAGUACGAGUUGUUUUAAUUACGCUUAGUUUUACUGCUGCUGACAGACAGCGCGCUGUAUCGCAUAUUUACCAGGUACUCUAGUUCAUUAGUGAAUAAACUUUUAAACCAACCCGUAAAUCUGUAAUGUUUAGAGGUCAUGACUCAUGAUCAAUCUGUGUUGCUUCUGUAGUAAGAUCA